AUGACCGUCACGGCGAAAGACCGAUUGAUCUUCACGCUGUCCGCCUUGAAAGGCUACUCGGUCGACGUGCAGCUCACGUCCGGAGUCUUACUCAACGGUGUCUUAGCCGACACCCGAGAGAUUGAAAAACACAUCGUUUUAGCGUACGCGUGGACUCGAUUUCUUACACCUCGAGGACCGAAUGGAGAAGAACCGAAGAAAGCGCCGAGAAAGAAACCGGAAAAGUUAAAGAAAGUUCCGUUGGAAGACAUCGCGUGGAUUCAAGCGUUCAACGUCGGCAUGUCCGACUUGGCCUUGGGGCCGUCUCGAAUGAACGACAUGAACGACUUCACUGACGUGGGGAUUUCCAAAGGCGCGACGGGGCAAAAUCGAACGCUGGUCGCUUGGACGCCCGGUGACGACGACACCUCGGCUAACGUUGGAGGUUUGGAAGAUGGGCAAGGAGGAGGACGGUCGAGUGGAAGAUUUGAUACCAAAGGCGGCGCGUGGGGAAGGAAGGCACCGCCCGGACAAUGGGAUCAGUUCGCCGCGAACAAACAACUGUUCGGGGUGGAAACCAAAUUCGACGAGUCCGUGUACACGACACAAAUCGACAAGUCCAAAAUCCGCAUCUCCGAACAAGAAGCCGCACGAAUCGCGAGAGAAAUUGAAGGUAAAGUGUCUUCGAAUCCGCACGUCGCGGAGGAGAGAAACCAAAAACUCAUCUCGGACUUUGACGACGACGAAGAGGCGAAGUAUUCCUCCGUGUCCAGAGCGCCGGGUAGUGAAGGCUUCAAAGCAGCCCCACCACCGUCGAAGCCGGCGUGGGGAUCAACAGCUGGUAAAGUUCCUGCUAGUGUGGCAUCCAUGGCGGACGCGAAGAAGACGGCGACGGAAUCUACGGCAGCAGCAGCAGCUCAACAAGCUCCCGCCGCUCCGGCGGCGGAAGCGAAAAAAGCGGCGACUGGUUCGAAAUUAUCCGCAAACGCGCCUGCAUUUUCUUUGUCGGCAAAAGCUUCUGCGUUCGUCCCGACAAAGAAGCCCGCUGCAGCCGUUGCUGCACCGCCAAUGCAAGCGCAGGACGCCAUUAGCGCCGCGCAACGAGCGGCGAUUAUGAACUACCAGGCGCAAAUGGCGCAGAUGAACAUGAUGAUGGGGUAUGGCAUGGGCCCUGGUGCUCCGUACCAGAACCCGAUGAUGCAAUACGCACCACAAAUGCACAGAGGCGGGCAAUUCGGAGGAAUGCCACACAUGGGUGGUGGAGGAUACCAAAGAGGAGGUUUCCAACAACAUCAACAUCAACAACACUAUCAACAGAGGCAAAAUUUUCAACCGCCGCAGCAACAACAACAACAACAACAACAACAACAACAAAUGAAACAAACGCCUCCUCCAGCAGCAGCAGCAGCGGCAGCAGCUGAGCAACAAGCUCCUUCCUCCGAUUAG